AUGCAGCGCUACCGUGUCUCCGCCGUGUUUUUUCUAAGCUUGUGCUUUAGCAUGGCGCUAGUAUACGCGCAAGGGCAGACUCCUGACAGUGUACUGGACCAACAUUGGUACCCGGGAACCGCCACGUGGUACGGCGAACCCGAAGGAGACGGUAGCACCGGAGGGGCAUGUGGGUAUGGUACAUUGGUGGACGUGAGGCCGUUGAAGGCAAGGGUGGGUGCAGUGGGGUCAGUGUUGUUUAAGAAGGGAGAAGGGUGCGGGGCUUGUUUUAAGGUGAAGUGUUUGGACCAUAGCAUAUGUUCGAAGCGGGCAGUGACGGUUAUAGUGACGGAUGAGUGCCCAGGCUGCCCUUCUGACCGAACGCACUUCGACCUCAGUGGCUCUGCCUUUGGCCGCAUGGCGGUUACCGGUGAAAACGGUCAGCUCCGAAACAGAGGGGAAAUCCCAGUCAUUUACAGAAGAACACCAUGCAAGUAUGCUGGCAAAAACAUUGCCUUCCAUGUCAACGAAGGUUCCACACCUUUCUGGCUAUCACUUCUGGUAGAGUUUGAAGAUGGAGACGGGGACAUCGGUUCCAUGUAUAUACAAGAAACAGGGUCAAGUGAGUGGGUGCAGAUGAAUCAUGUAUGGGGUGCAAAUUGGUGCAUCGUUAGAGGGCCUUUAAGAGGACCUUUCUCUGUUAAACUGAGCACAUCCACAGGAAAAAGCCUCACUGCCAAAGAUGUUAUUCCAAGCAAUUGGACUCCAAAAGCCACUUAUACUUCUCGCUUGAAUUUCCUUUCUUAG